CCUGUUUCGACCUUCUCGUAUAAAUGCUCUGGUUUAUGAGUCAGAGUUCGUCAGAAAAAAAGGAACCCAAUGAUUCCCAUAUGCCCAGUGGUCUCUUUCACUUAUGUGCCCAGCCGGCUUGGUGAAGAUGCCAAAAUGGCUACCGGCAACUAUUUUGGUUUUACCCACGGUGCUGCGGCGCAGUACAGCCAGCAGCCGGGGGCCGGGGUAGCCUACACCCACCCUACCACGGUGGCCAGCUACACGGUGCACCAGGCUCCGGUGGCUGCACACACCGUGGCUGCAGCCUACGCCCCCACCGUUCCCACGGUUGCUGUCGCCAGGCCGGCGCCUGUCGCCGUGGCAGCCGCCGCCACGGCAGCAGCGUAUGGGGGCUACCAGCCGGCCCACACGGCUGCCGACUACGGCUACGCCCAGCGCCAGCAGGAGGUCCCUCCUCCACCACCCCCGGUCACCUCCCAGAACUACCAGGUUACUUGUAAUGGUCCCGUAUUCACUGGCAGAGACUUGCCAAUAUUCCAGGACUCGUAUUCCUACGUGAGGUCGACGGCGCCGGCCGUGGCGUACGACAGUAAGCAGUACUACCAGCAGCCCUCGGCAUCGGCCGCCGUGGCUGCAGCCCAGCCCCAGCCCUCCGUGGCCGAGUCCUACUACCAGACCGGGGCCCUGGCAUCGCCCUGGGACUCCACCUGGAAGAAAAGUCUCCAAGCCCCCAAGCCUGGCUACACCCAGGGAGUAACCCCCUACACCCAGACCCAGCAGACCAGACAGGUCACAGCCAUUAAGCCAGCCACCCCCAGCCCCGCCACCUCCACCUUCUCCAUCUACCCCGUAUCCUCCACGGUCCAGCCUGCCGCAGCCUCCGCCGUCCCCUCCUACUCCCAGAGCCCCACCUACAGCACCAAUGCCGUCACAUACUCUGGCACCUCUUACUCUGGCUACGAAGCAGCCGUGUACUCUGCUGCCUCCACCUACUACCAGCAACAACAGCAGCAGCAACAGCAGCAGCAGAAGCAGGCCGUGGCGGCGGUGGCAGCCACAGCAGCGUGGACAGGAAACACCUUCACCAAGAAGCCGCCGUUCCAGAGCAAGCAGCUGAAGCCCAAGCAGCCACCCAAGCCUCCCCAGAUCCACUACUGUGACGUCUGCAAGAUCAGCUGUGCUGGCCCUCAGACAUAUAAAGAGCACCUGGAGGGCCAGAAGCACAAGAAGAAGGAGGCGGCCCUAAAGGUGUCCCAGAGCAGCAGCGGGGGGGCUGGCGGCGGGGCCGGGGGGGGCUCGGCCCGGGGGACCCAGAACCAGCUACGCUGCGAGCUGUGCGACGUGUCCUGCACCGGGGCUGACGCCUACGCCGCCCACAUCCGGGGUGCCAAGCACCAGAAGGUGGUGAAGCUGCACACCAAGCUGGGGAAGCCCAUACCCUCCACUGAGCCCAGCGUCAUAACCCAGACUGCAUCCUCCACCUCAGCUGCCCCCAGCAAGACCUCCAACACCUCCUCCUCCUCCGCCCUCUCCUCCGCACCCUCCUCGGCAGUGUCUAACUCCCCCUACCUCAAGCCGGUAAACAUCGUCACCAGCGGCGGUUCGGCUGGGUUGGGCAAGAGCCCGUCUGCAAACAGCGUCUUCUCCAGCAACACCGCCCCGGCCGUCAAGAAGAUCAACACUCCUAAGAUCAACUUUGUGGGGGGGAACAAGCUGCAGACCACUGGGAAACCAGAGGAAGCCAAAGUGGAAACGUCCAAGCCUGGUCCGCCCCCAUUGGUCCCUCAGGUCCAGGAGUCCAAGACGGAGACUUCUGAUUCGCUGUCGGCCCUGGCAGCGCUGCAAAGCGAUGUCCAACCGGUUGGGCAUGACUAUGUGGAAGAGGUGCGCAACGAUGAGGGGAAGGUGAUCCGGUUCCACUGCAAGCUGUGUGAAUGUAGCUUCAACGAUCCGAACGCCAAGGAGAUGCACUUGAAAGGGAGGAGGCAUCGUCUGCAGUAUAAGAAAAAGGUGAACCCUGAACUGCAGGUGGAGGUGAAGCCCAGCAUCCGAGCCAGGAAGAUCCAGGAGGAGAAGAUGAGGAAACAGAUGCAGAAGGAGGAGUUCUGGAGGAGGAGGGAGGAGGAGGAGCGCUGGAGGAUGGAGAUGAGGCGCUACGAGGAGGACAUGUACUGGAGGCGGAUGGAGGAGGAGCAACACCACUGGGACGACCGACGCCGGCUCCCUGACGGAGGGUACCCCCAGGGCCCCCCGGGGCCCCCAGGCCUGCUGGGGGUCCGGCCAGGCAUGCCCCUCUCCCAGCCCCAGGGACCUGUGCCUCCCCGUCGCCCUGACUCCUCUGACGACCGUUACGUGAUGACAAAGCACGCUGCCAUCUACCCUUCGGAGGAUGAACUGCAGGACAUCCAGAAGAUCGUGUCAAUCACAGAGCGAGCCCUCAAACUGGUGUCUGACAUCAUCACGGACCAGGACAAAGACAAAGAGGAGGACAAGGAGAAGGACAAGGAGAAGGACAAGGAGAAGGAGAAGGACAAGGAGAAAGACAAAAAAGAGUUCCCCAAAGACAGGGCGCUGAAGGGCGUGAUGAGGGUGGGGGUGCUGGCCAAGGGGCUGCUCCUCCGUGGAGACAAGAAUGUCAACCUGGUGCUGCUGUGCUCAGAGAAACCCACCAAGACCCUGCUGUCCUGCAUCGUGGAGCACCUGCCCAAGCAGCUCACGCUGGUGACGCCAGAGAAGUACGAAGUGAAGGGGUCUGUAGAAGAUGCCGCUAUCAUCCUGACAUCCUGCGCUGAGUCCAAGAUGCAAGUGACCAUCACGCUGACCUCGCCCGUCAUCCGCGAGGAGAACGGCCGGGACGGAGAUGUAACCUCGGGUAUGGUGAAAGACCAAGCGGACGUCUUGGAAAGGCUAAAAUGCCUUGACGCUCUGGCUGCGCUGCGCCACGCUAAGUGGUUCCAGGCUAGAGCCAAUGGGCUGCAGUCCUGCGUGAUUAUAAUUCGUAUCCUGCGGGACCUCUGCCAGAGGGUUCCCACCUGGUCCACGUUCCCCAGCUGGGCUAUGGAGCUGCUGGUUGAGAAGGCCAUCAGCAGUGCCUCCGGAGCCCUCAGCCCUGGGGAUGCACUCAGAAGAGUCUUUGAAUGUAUUUCCUCCGGCAUCCUGCUUCCUGGUGGCCCAGGGUUGGUGGAUCCUUGUGAGAAGAAUCCCACAGACACCCUGACAGCCAUGGAGGAGCAACAGAGAGAAGACAUCACCUCGAGUGCCCAGUUUGCUCUUAGGCUGUUGGCGUUCCGUCAGAUCCACAAGGUCCUAGGCAUGGACCCGCUGCCCCAGAUGAACCCGCGCUUCAACGUCCGCAACAACCGCAAGCGGCGCCGCGACAACAGCGACGGCAAUGACAGCUUCGAGGGCGAAGGGAAAAAGGACAAGAAGGACUACGACAGCUUUUAGGGUUAGGCCCAGGGUUAGGGUUAGGCCCAGGGUUAGGCCCAGGGUUAGGGUUACCCCCAGAGCCUCCUCUCCCCCUCCCAUCCCCCCUCCAUAACUAGUCUCUAUAUAUAUAUAUAUAUAUACACAUACCUCUCUGUUGUCACUGCUAUUAACAGCUGGGUGCCUCUUGUUGUAACGGGAGUCCAGUGUUACAUCCAGCUUGGUCUUGUUGAGCGAUAAGCUCACCUGUCGACCUGCAGCUGCACAGAAGGCUGCAGAGUUCAGAUGUGUCUGUGGUGUGUGGCUUUAGCUGUAGACCGGGCCGGCCUGGGGAUAGCACCUACACCUCUGCUAGCUGAAGUUCUUUAAUCCUUUAUGCUUCUCUAAUCAAAUGACCUUGACAACUGCUACCCAAGUUCUGCAACCACUCCUUUUUGGAGUUUUUUUUAUUUUAUUUUUUUUAUUAAUAUUUUUUGGGGUUACAAUUUUCAUUGGAUCAGGUAAUAGAUUGAAUAUGACUCCCGAUGUUAAGGUCUUUUUCUAGUUUCAUUCAGAGGGUUGGCCGUUAGUUUAUACCCGUAGUGAAGCACAUAAUUUGGUCUGUCAUAUUUUAUGUUCCCAAGAUGUCAUGUACGAAUAUGGUUUAUUUUUAAGUGUUUAAUGCAAGUGGUAUAAUGCUAUGGUCUUGUCAAAAAGCUGGACUGCAAUGUUAACAAGCUGCUGUGGAUAUGUAGUACAUUUCUGAAGAAAAUACUGAUUCCUGAGAUAUUUGUGUUGGUAGUGUAGUUAUCACUAAACGUAUCUCUAAUAUAUAUGAAAAUAUUCCUAUAGUCUUGCAAUAGAUCAGUCUUUCGGUUUGUUGAACGCAUGGCAGUGUUGAGAUUUGUUCUUGUAUUAUGGCUUUUUAACUUUUUUUUGUUUUAAAGGAUUAAUGAGGAAAUUAAUGGAUUGGUCUUUGAAUUGGUUUGACGUUGGAUGGAUUAAUCAAAUAAUCUAUACAAUAAGAAAAGAUUGGGUUGGGAAAAAAAGUAAUGUUGAUGUUGUAAUUGCGGUUCAAUGUAGAUCCAUUAUUUGAUUGUCUGCCUCUAUCUCUGCUUUACGACAGGCAGAAUAAAGACAUUUCCUGAAUGAAA